AUGGAGAAGUACUUUAUGCGUCACUUGUUGUACCCUGUACUGCUGCUAUUCUUGUUAUUGUGCUGUGCCGGCACGUCCUUUGCUGCUGUUGUACGGCACUUACCGCAGAAAGGAGAGAGUGCUUUGCAUGCGUACACUGUUGCCGAAGAUGAGAAGAGUGGGGAAAACUGGAGGCCCAUUCGCAUCAAAGUAUCCUCUGAUGACGUGGAUAAAGUGUUGGAGGAGUGUAAAAGAAAGUUGGAGAUAGCCAAAGACAGAAGGCCUGUGUGGUGGUCUAGAUGGAAUGAAAAGAAUAAUGUGCUGUGCAAUAAUGAAACUGGGAUAACCGAUGAAAAGAAGGACCUCUUACUGAACAAACUCUUACCCGCCGCGAUCAAGUUGCAUACAGAUCGUCUCAGCAUUGAACGGGAAAGAGGUGGAGUUGGGGUCUCUGCAAGCACCAUGACUCCACUCUCCUCGAUAGAUUGCCCAAAAAAAAUUUCUGAGUUGAGUAAAAAGGAAAGCUUCCCUAAAGCUGAUUUUGUGCUUUUUGUGGGUCUUGCUGAAUCUCAAACGCCAACGAGAGUAUGUUCUGAAGAAGAAAACAAACGACCAACUUCUGCACUGAUCCAUUUUGUACCGAAAGAGAUUGUGGACACGAGACACUUUGUCCGCACAGCAGCGCAUGAGAUUGCACAUUUACUUGGGUUUGAAGUGGGCCGUAUGCAAAACUAUGACAGGAUUAAAUAUGGAACAGUGGCGUCAAACAAGAAAGAGAAUGCUGUGUAUUCUGAAAUAAUGGAGAAGAAGAUGAGAGAACAUUACGGCUGUGUAGCGCAACUCGUUACCGGCAUGUACAUGGAGGAUGAGGGUGAUGGUCGCAGCAAGUUGCACUGGGAGCGAAGGAUUGCGAAGGAUGAAUUGAUGAGUCCAUACACAGAAGAACCAUCUGGCAUGUUCUACACUAAUCUGACACUUGCAGCAUUCCAUUCCUUGCCCUUCUACAGCGCGAACUUCAGCAUGGCAGAGCCGAUGAGCUGGGGGAAUAAAUCUGGAUGUGAUUUACUUCAUAAGACAUGCACAAAGGACAAGAAUGAAUUAAUGAAGUACACCAGCAUGUUCUGCGACGAAAACGGACCGGUCUUGCAGUGCACAUCUGACCGUUUCGCCCUUGGAACGUGUUCCUCCAAGUCACUGCCAGGUACCCUGCCUGGGGAGUACCACUACUUUACAAAGACUGCUGGACAGAAUGAGAUGACGAAUGGCUGUCCCAUCGUCAAACCAUUAAAGGAAACUACGUGUGAGAGUGGUAAUGUUGAACUGAUGCCUGGAAGUAUUGUGAGUAAAAUGUCACGGUGUCUGAAUGUGAAAGAGCCGGAGUUCAGCGAGGGAGAUCAGAGAAAUGGAGUGACCGUAAAGGGCAUUUGUGCAAAGGUAAAGUGUGAGAAUGGCAAGGUGAGUGUGCAAUACAAGGGUAUGAAAGAUACUCAUUGGAUUGAGUGCAGUGGUGAAAACGCCACCAUUAAACUGGAGAGUUCAGCAUUCAAAGGUGGGAGUAUUGUUUGCCCCAGAUACGAAGAAGUGUGCACAGGGUUGCCGGACUUAGUUGACGUUACUUCGACGGAAGAAGAAGAACAAGAAGUAGCACGACUUCCUGAGGUGGAUAACAAGGGUAACGAAGGUACUGCUGGUGAACCUGUGAGUAGUUCCAUUGUGGAAUCAGAAACCAAUAUGCGGUCAGAGAGAACCCCCGUGAGUGAAGGAAGUUACGGUGUAUCUUCCCAAACCCCAAUUGUCCCUCAAGCCCACGAAUCCAAUCCUGUGAGGGGUGACGUUGAUGGUUCCACGGGUAAAGAAGAUGCUGCAGUUGAGGAAAGCAAACUAUCCAACAAUGUGAGUGGUUCACGUGACAAUUCCGCAAAACCACAAGGGAGCGACCAAGAGAAAAACGUAUUACCACCAUCUGAGGUCCCAGGCAGCAGCGACAUCACCCAUUCAGACAACAGAUACAACUUUACUGAUGUGAGUGGUGACUCAACCCACGUGCAGCAGGGUGUUUCCAGUAUCCAUAUGGGUAUUGUUGGUGUCGAAGGUACUGACAAGAGUCUCAGGACACCGUACACUGCCUCUCUUGCACUACUUGUGUGUGUGCUUGCAGUAGUGCUGGUUCCAUGA